UGUUUAACACUUAUUAUGUAUUUGUUCUUUGCAGCCCACCAGAACCGCGUGUCAGAUAUGGUCUUCUCCCUGGAGAGUGAGUGGGUGGUGAGUACCGGCCAUGAUAAGAGCGUGAGCUGGAUGUGCACCCAGAGUGGCAGCAUGCUGGGGAGACACUACUUCACUGCAUGGGCCUCAUGCCUGCAAUACGAUCAAGAGACGCAGCACGCCUUCGUAGGCGACCACUCAGGACAGAUCACUCUGCUGAAGCUGGAGAGGCAGACGUACUCCACCAUCACUACACUGAAGGGUCAUGAAGGUAGUGUAGCAGCGCUGUGGUGGGACCCAGUCCAGAGGCUGCUCUUCUCAGGGGCCUCCGACCACAGUGUCAUUAUGUGGGACAUCGGAGGCCGCAAAGGACGAACGCUGCUCUUGCAGGGGCAUCACGAGCGCGUUCAGGCUCUACGUUACCUCCAGUUGACCAGGCAGUUGGUGUCAUGCUCCGCUGAUGGAGGCAUUGCAGUGUGGAACAUGGACACGCAGAGAGAAGAGGCGCCUCAGUGGUUAGACAGCGACUCUUGUCAGAAGUGUGAGCAGCCUUUCUUCUGGAAUAUCAAACAGAUGUGGGACACUAAGACCCUGGGACUUAGACAGCACCACUGCAGGAAGUGCGGCAAGGCCGUGUGUGGAAAAUGUAGCUCCAAACGCUCUACGUUUCCAAUCAUGGGCUUUGAGUUCCCGGUGCGGGUGUGUGACGCCUGCUUUGAAACCAUCAAAGAAGAAGAUCGAACACCGCUGGCCACGUUCCACGAGGGGAAACACAACAUCGCUCACAUGGACAUGGAUCCAUCGAGAGGCCUGAUGGUCACUUGUGGAAGUGACCGCAUUGUUAAGAUAUGGGAUAUGACACAGGUGGUUGGCUGUAGCUUAGCAACAGGCUUCUCCCCACGCUGAUUGGCCAAGGCCUCUACACAGUGUCCCCACUGGCCCUUCACUUGCUCCGCCCAUUCUUCUAAUGUCAUGGAAACCCCUCUGUACAGUACAUCUCCCCUUCACGCCUGAGAUCUUCAGCUGCAGCCAGGCCUAUGCUCGGUGAACGUGUGCGUGCGUGUGCAUGUGUGUGUGCAGCCCUCCACAUUUUUUUUUUGCUUCUCAUAACAAUCUUUUCUUUAAUUUCACCAUCAGUCUUACAUCAGACUGUGUUUGACUGAUUUGAUGCUCUGAUCUGAAACGCAACCCUAAGCACAACGAGGGCUGUGUACGUGUACAUGUGUGCAUGUGUUCUAACUGGUUCUCCUAAGAGAUGAAUGGUAUUGAUAUCAGUGUUUACAUUCAAGUAUAUCUGAUUGCUUCUUUUGACAAAGGUCCUUCUUUUUCCUUUUUCUUUUUUCUUGGCCUUGCAUUGUAUGUGUUUCACUAAAUCACUGACUAGCCAUUCCUGUAAAAACUUUUCUUGCUUAUUAGUGUGGCCCACAAACUGCAUAUCACAGCAUACCAUCUGUAUAUAGCCCUGUGUCACGUGUGUGGAGGUGGAUGCUUGAAAUGACUCUCUCUGUCUCUGAUUCCUUUCACUAGUUGGCCUUAAAUCACUCUCAGGAGGUUUUACAUCAGUAGGUUGUCACUAGGCGGGGCUCUGUUGAUGUCAGUUGUACCUUAAAUAAAUGUGUAAUGUGAGAAUCAAUAGAACAGGCGCUUCCCUGAAGGAUGAAGGAAAUCUCUUGAUAAAAUAUCUCCCAGGGGAUUUGAUGCAGCUGUGUGACAUCAGUGACCAAGCUUCUGCCUCAUUGUCUCAGGUGAAGGAUGGAAGAGUUGGAAACAUUCAUACAAACGGGUGCCGACAGCCACAAAGUCCUGUCGCCACCAUUCUGAGGAGCUGCGUUACCCUUUGAGAUGUGAUUAGCAUUAGCUUUGUAGGUUAAAUUCCCUAACGUCAUGCUGGUGCAAAUGAGUUUUUCAAAAAGCACAGCAGCAUGCCACCUCUUAGAUAUGCGUCGCUUUCUUUGGAAAAUAUUUAAAAUUGUGGUGUAAAAAUUGAUUUCCUGCCACCACAAAUGCUCUUAGGUACUAGACAGGUACUCUAAACUAAUGUAGCACUUAAUGCUGACGUGCUGAAUUUGUCUCCAGCUAAAUUGAGGUACAGCUGAGCGCUGCCUGCGUUCCUUCAAAAGCCUUAAAGAGAGAAGGACACAAAGCCUUUUUAAAUGGUUUGCCAGUGCUUAUGACUGUUCACUCACGCUCACUCUCAUGCACUCAUGUCAUCACAAAGCUCUCGUUUCCUCUCACCCUUUUUUAUUUUUUUCUGUGUCCCAGAUUAAACACAGAUGUGCAUCUGUACAUCAAGGUUGUCUCAUAACGUUCUCAGCACUGCACUUACUUGCACAAUGCGUGCUUUUUGAAUUAAAGAAAACAUUUUUUGGUAAGUUCACCUGUGGGAGUAACGAUAGCUUAAUUCCAUGUAGCGUCCUUGUAAAUAGCGGCUAAUACCCCCUAAUGUCAGACUAACGCUUGCCUUAUUGUAAGUGGACAAAUGAACAUUAUGUUGGAACUCUUGAUUUCAAAAUGUACUCACAUUCCAGUUUUUUGUUUAUGUAGUGUAUAUUUAUAUUUGUAGUAAAGUAUUUAUCAGUUAUCAGUGUAAAUGGAUCCUUAGUUUUCUUUAUUUCCCUUGGCAUAAAUGACAAACUAGACCUUCAGUAAAGCACAUGCAAACUGGCUAAUGUUGAAAUGAUCUGUGGUGUUGGAUCAUGUAGUAUUUUACAUGGCUACAUGAAUGGAGAUUGGUUUGUUUGGGAUGAUUGUUAUAGCAAAAUAAUGUAUGAUUUACAUGCCACACAAUGCUGUACUUGGGGUUAGACUGAUAGCUGACAAUAAUAUAAAGCUUUACAGGAAGGGUCAUUUAUUUUUUAAUGUCAGCAUACGUGUUGGGUUCUUUUGAAAUUUAUUUCUUGACAAAGUGGACACAGAAGCUCUGGUAUAAAACAUGACUUAAAAUUUGUGCACUUAUUAAAAAAAUAAUAUUAUUAAAGCUGCGUAUUUGUAUUUUGUAACUGGCAGGAGUCCAGCUGAGAGGAGAAGAGUCCAUAGUUAAAACAUUAAUGGGCGCUUUAAAAUAAAACUACGGUGGCCCUGAGAGGUCAAACACAUAUACUUAAGGAAACACCAGCAAAUGGUAAAAUGUCUAUUUGACAUUAAGGACUCACACAAAACUCAAUGGAAGUUGGAGGGGGGGGGAAAGAAUGUCACAAAAAUGAAAUGUUUUUAGGGACACAGUUAUGUGACGGAACAGCUGCGGAAGUAAAAGGUUUGUUCUGAGAGACGCUUAAAAUCUGUGACCUGAGGAAAAAAAUGAGGGGCAGUAUGUGUUUUAAUCACAUGAUUCAUAAAAUACUGUAGAUACAUGUUUGCUUUUAGCUAUUUACUGUUUGUCACCUCCACAGCUGGUCCGUCUCCCCAAAAACACUUUUUUUGCGUUUCUGUUGUUUUGUGAGGUUGGUUUUCUAUUUUUUUUUUUUUUUUUUUUAACUUUUUGCAUGUUUUUUCUUCUUCUGUUGUAUUUUCUGCGCUUUUGCAGCGGUUUUCUCUUUUCCGGUGUUUUCUUAGGUUGCUGUGCCUUUUGACCUAGUGAACAACACUGGCACGUUGCUGACGGUAUAAUCCAAACUUUAUGCCCUAAUGUAAUUUUUUUUUUAAAGGGGGGCGGGGGGUGCUAAAGAAAAUUACCCAAACUUUUGUCACAACUGCAGAAAUAAGCUAUAGAGACCAAAACCAUUUCUUAUUACCAGGAAUGAACAUGUUUAUUUCUGCUGUAAAGUUGCCCAUUCCUACAUGGGGGUCUGUGAGGACAGAGCCUGCCUCAAGUAACCAUUUGAAGAACUGGUUUCCUUUUUUUUUUUUUUUUUUUUUUUUUUUUUUUUUUCCCAGCCUUGGGGUUUUUCUGCUUCCAAUUGAGUUGUUAUUAAUGUGAUAAUAUCAGUGCAGCUUAAACGUGUAUUCGCUUGUUACCAAGGCUGUUGUUAUCUGAGCCUCUGUGGUAUCAGAAAUGGGCAGCUGCAGCUGGCUGAUAAGCAGUUGGUCAAUACUGGCAGACUGCUCUUUCAGUCCUACCCCAAAGUAUUGUUAGGAAAAAAUACACUCACACCACCAUGAUUCAUUAGGGAUCAACAGGGUUGAUGGCGCUGCUGCUGUACAAUUAGGAGUCAGUGCUCUACUUUCAUUAAAGUCUCCUCCAGUCAUUAAUUCUUAUCAUGUCUUAUGUCAGACCCACGGCAGAUGGAUGUUAAUGGUAUGAGAAACUUUGAGAAACUGGAUUCUUUGUUUGCAGAAAUGGCUAACAAAGUAGAUUUUCAACA